AUGGCGGCGCCCGGGCGCUGCCACGCAGACUUCCGCCCGGCGCGGAGACCGGGGGCCGGCGGCGGGUCGCGCCGGAGGUGAAAUCGUGACGCGUGGUGUGGAGCCGUAGCCAGGGCAACAUGUCGGAAGGAAACGCUGCGGACGAGCCCAGCACUCCGGCAGGACCCCGGCCCCUCCUCACUGGGGCCAGGGGGCUUAUCGGGCGGCGGCCAGCUCCCGCUCUUACGCCAGGCCGCCUUCCCUCCAUCCGCUCCAGGGACCUCACCCUCGGGGGAGUCAAGAAGAAAACCUUCACUCCAAAUAUUAUCAGCCGGAAGAUCAAGGAAGAACCCAAGGAAGAAGUAACUGUCAAGAAGGAGAAACGUGAAAGGGAUAGAGACCGACAGCGAGAGGGGCAUGGGCGAGGCCGGGGCCGCCCAGAAGUGAUCCAGUCCCACUCCAUCUUUGAGCAGGGCCCAGCUGAAAUGAUGAAGAAAAAAGGGAGCUGGGAUAAGACAGUGGAUGUGUCAGACGUGGGACCCUCUCACAUCAUCAACAUCAAAAAAGAGAAGAGGGAGACAGAUGAAGAAACAAAACAGAUCCUGCGCAUGCUGGAGAAGGAUGAUUUCAUCGAUGAUCCUGGGCUGAGGAAUGACAUUCGAAACAUGCCUGUGCAGCUGCCGCUGGCUCACUCGGGGUGGCUUUUUAAGGAAGAGAAUGAAGAACCAGAUGUUAAGCCUUGGCUGGCUGGUGCCAAGGAAGAAGACAUGGAGGUGGAUGUCCCUGCUGUGAAAGUGAAAGAGGAACCACGAGAUGAGGAGGAGGCCAAGAUGAAGGCGGUUCCAACUAAAGCAGCCAGGAAGACCCCGGCCCUCCCGAAGGACAUGUCUGUGGCAGAGCUGCUCAGGGAGCUGAGCCUCACCAAGGAGGAAGAACUGUUCUUCCUCCAGCUGCCGGACACCCUCCCUGGCCAGCCGCCCACUCAGGAUAUCAAGCCCAUCAAGACAGAGGUGCAGGGCGAGGAUGGACAGAUGGUGGUUAUAAAGCAGGAGAAAGACCGGGAAGCCAGACUGGCAGAGAAUGUUUGCACCCUGGCUGACCUGACGGAGGGUCAGGUUGGCAAGCUGCUCAUCCGCAAGUCAGGAAGGGUGCAGCUCCUCCUGGGCAAGGUGACUCUGGAUGUGACCAUGGGAACUGCCUGCUCUUUCCUGCAGGAGCUGGUGUCCGUGGGCCUUGGAGACAGUAGGACAGGGGAGAUGACAGUCCUAGGACAUGUGAAGCACAAGCUCGUAUGUUCCCCCAAUUUUGAAUCCCUCUUGGAUCACAAACACCGGUAAAAUGAGCAGAUGGAGGAGGAUGGUGACUGUGCCCAUGGCUGCUGCCUGCUCUGGAUAUUCUCAAUUCUGUGCAACCCAGAAGGGGCCUGCUUAGCCCACUCACUCCAGCCUUUGGCAGCCGUUGUCCCAGUUCCCCCGCCACCAGGACCCACGCAGCUGCCUCCCACAGCAGCUGUGAAUGGUACAAUGACCUUCCCACAGCAUGGAUGUGGCAUCAUCGCUGCUGGAGACUUGUCCCUGUUAUUUAUUUUUAUAUUUAUGUCUUAAUCUCUUCAACUGCCUGCAUCCUCCCAAGGUGGGGAGGGAGGGUCUGUGGGGAAGCGCAGGCCCCUUCUCCUGGUGACCGUCACCCAUGGUGGCCAGAGGUGUAAGGGCUGCUGCUUUUGCUUGUGCCUCCUUCCUCCUGGGGCAGCGUAAGAGAACAGGGCUUGGGGGAGACUGAGGACUCCAUCCCCAUUCGUUGGCUCCCAGUUCUGAGUCCUUGGACAAACUACCUAACCUUUCUGAACCUCAUAGUCCUCAUCUGACAAAAGUGGGGAUAGUACCUACCUCAGGGUUGGUGUGAGGAUUAUAUGGGAUAUUGGGAAUGAAAACGUGCACAAGGCUAGAUGUGUACCCAGUAGGCACUCAAUAAACCUUAGUAUCCCUUU